AUGUCAGAUGCGAAGACAUCCAAAAUACCUUUAGAUACUGGAUAUUUCAAAAACCAAAUGACGGAUGAUGAGCUUUUAGACGACAAUGAAAUUUAUCGAAAAGCUAUUGGCUCACUUCUUUACUUAUCAGGAAAUACAAGGCCGGACAUAGCAGCAGCUGUUUCAAUUCUUAGCAGAAAAGUAUCCUGUCCUACUCAGCGUGAUUGGAACGAAGUUAAACGCAUUUUAAGGUACUUGAAAGGAACUUUACAGCUACAGCUUUGUGUUGGAUGCAACAAAAAUUCAAAACUUGUUGGAUAUGCCGAUGCAGAUUGGGCUUCAGACGUUAAAGGACGAAAAUCCACAAGCGGAUAUUUAUUUAAAUUUGGAGAAGCUAUAAACAGUUAUGCAAGUAAAAAGCAAGGAUUGAUUGCACUUUCAUCAAAUGAAGCAGAGCUUGUCGAUUUAGCAGAAGCAACUCAAGAACUUAUUUGGCUGAGAACAUUAUUUGAAGACCUACAAGUUGAUUUAGAUGAUGUUACAAUAUACGAAGACAAUCAAAGUUGUUUAAAACUUCUAGAUUCAGAGAAGAUAAAUCCUCGAACAAAACAUAUAGAUGUGAAGUACUAUUUUCUUCGUGACAUUAAAGAAUCUAAAGAAGUUAAAUUCAUUUACUGUCCAACUGAAGAAAUGGUUGCAGACAUUCUAACGAAACCAUUACAGAAUAUUAAGUAA